AUUAGGCGGAUUUUUUUAAGGGGGUAGGGCAUUCGGGAGCCAGAGCCCUGAAAACCGUAUUGGCACUCGCCAAAUUUCUGCUAUCGCGACUCGUCACUGAUAACGAUAAGAAGCCAGUUCAGUCGCAGCCAAUGGAGGCAACCCUCUCCCUGGAGAGGUGGCUCUAUAAGUACAGCUCCCACUCGCCCGGGCCGGGCAAAUCUAAAACAGCCAGCAAACAAGAGACACCUUAACACGGAACACGGCAAAAUCGAGCCGAACAAAGCGAGUUCCAUGCCAAGACGAAACGGAAUACAAGUGAAGUGCUACAAACACGCCAAAGCGAGGGCGAAAAGCUAAGAAACAGUCGCGAACCCGAACACCACAAUCGAGUCUCGCGGCCCCAUCCAAACCCCAACCCCGAAACAACCGUCAAGAUUACGUACUACUACCCAUCGGGAUCGUGCGGCGCGUGCAACCAGAGUGAGGACAUCAUGCUCUUAUCCUACAGAUGCAUCUACUCAGUGCUCCUGACCACCAUAGCCAGCAUUAUGGUCGUGCUCAGUGGCUCAGCACAUUCCGGCUCCAUGCAGCUCCCCACCGUUCGCAAGUGUGCCAGCGUUGGCGGCGGUGGAUCAGCUCACACCAUGGCCAUGAAUCUAGCGGCAUACGGGCUGCUGGAGAACCGGAUUAGCACUCUGGAAGCACCGCGACAAACGCACUGGAGCAAGAAGUUCCUGGCCAAGCGGGAGGCGACUCCACACUCGGCCCCCUACGUUGUCAGCAUCCAGAUGAUGACGCCGGAUCAGGGCCUGGUGCACUACUGUGCCGGGACUGUCAUCAACGAGCACUGGAUCCUGACGGCGGCCCACUGCCUCAGCUCUCCGCAAGCAGUAGAGAACUCGGUGAUCGUGGCCGGCAGUCACGACAUCCAUGACCACACGGGAGAGGCGGCUAGCAUUCAAAUGCGCCACAUCGACUAUUAUGUGCGGCACGAGCUCUACCUCGGCGGAGUGAAUCCCUACGACAUCGCCCUAAUCUACACCAAGGAUGCUCUGGUCUUUGACGAAUACGUCCAGCCAGCGACGCUGCCAGAGCAGGAUGCCCAGCCUGAUGGAUACGGAACGCUCUACGGGUGGGGCAAUGUCUCGAUGACAGCGGUGCCCAACUAUCCGCACCGGCUGCAGGAGGCCAACAUGCCCAUUCUGGACAUGACCCUGUGCGAGCAAAUCUUGGCCCGCUCGGGACUGCAACUGCACGAGACCAAUCUGUGCACUGGUCCGCUGAGCGGCGGGGUCAGCAUCUGCACCGCUGACUCCGGCGGUCCCCUGAUCCAGCAGUGCUGCGAGGAGCAGUUCGAGCAGGCCAACAUUGUCAUCGGGAUAGUGUCUUGGGGCAAAAUGCCUUGCGGCCAGAAGAACGCCCCGUCGGUCUUUGUGCGGGUCUCCGCAUUUACGGACUGGAUCAACCAGGUCAUCAGCACAGCCACCCAGAUUAUGUAGAAAGUACAUUGUCAAGGAAACAAUUUCUCGGAAAAAAAUGAGCUCGAAUGUGAAGAUAUCGAAAAAAUUAAAUAUAAAAAAAAUACAAAAGAUAAAAAAACUAAAAAAAAUUUCAGUAGAUUCUCUAGGACAUCUCGUAGGUUUAUAAGUUCAACAAAGAGUGAGAAAUACUGCCUUGAAGCUACUAAUAAGAAUUAUAUAUUAAGAAAACAUGAAUAAAAUUGAAAAUAU